GAGUGCAAAAAGCUGUCUGCUCCCAACCACACCAAUAGAAUAAUAAAUAAAUGUCAAUAAGUAAUGUUCUAGUCUCCAACAAACGUUACUAUUAUGACGGUUAGUACAAAGUGGUACCAAAUAGUUAAACAAUAGAUGUCUUAAAUUAUUGUUAUUCUAAAAAACAGUUUAUUAAAUCAUUAAUAGAACGUAGAGUGAGUGUAUAAAAUGAAAUUAUCAUAACAUAACCUAUAACUUAAUGCCAUGAGGGCCAUGAGUGCACUUUGUUGACUUUAAAAAACGUGGAAGAUCUGAAACUUUAUUUUAAAAAUAUUAAUUUAUGUUGACAAAUUCUUCAAAUUGCCUUAGAUGACUUAAAUAGAUUUUCCAUUUCAAGAUUAAUUCUUGAAAAAUGUUACUAUUUUGUCCCAACUGUUCGAAUAGAAUACGUAUUGAAAGUUCGGACCGUCUUCGCUUCGCUUGCAACUCUUGUCCGUAUAUAUUCAACGUUUCGAAAAAAAUCAGCAACAGAUCAUAUCCCAAACUAAAGGAAGUUGACGACGUCUUAGGAGGAAGUGCUGCUUGGGAGAACGUUGAUUCUACAGAAGAACGGUGUCCAAAGUGCUCUCAUCCUCGAGCAUAUUUCAUGCAAAUUCAAACUCGCUCUGCUGACGAACCGAUGACUACAUUUUAUAAAUGUUGCAACCCGCAAUGUGGACACAAUUGGCGCGAAUAAAGAAUUUGCAGUUGCCGUUAUACUAUAAUAUCAAGAGAACGAUGAUGAAUCCGGAUUACAUUGGUCCAUUGAAGGAUAUUAGACAGGCGGCUGUAGAAGAAUUAAAAUCUGCAAAUGACAGUCAACAUUGGUUUUGCGGUGGCGACAGAAGUAUUGGAAUUGCAGUUGAGUUAAUUAAAAAUUUUAAGA